CUCCCCUCCUCGUCCCCGGUGACCCGCCUCCGCCCACAGUACGCGGACCCCGUGGCUGACCUGCUGGACAAGUGGGGGGCCUUCCGGGCGCGGCUGUUCCGCGAGUCGUGCGUCUUCCACCGCGGGAACUACGUCAAGGACCUGAGCCGGCUGGGCCGCGACCUGCGGCGGGUGCUCAUCCUGGACAACUCGCCCGCCUCCUACGUCUUCCACCCGGACAACGCGGUGCCGGUGGCCUCGUGGUUCGACAACAUGAACGACACGGAGCUGCACGACCUCCUGCCGUUCUUCGAGCAGCUCAGCCGCGUGGAGGACGUGUACUCAGUGCUCAGGCAGCCGCGGCCCGGCAGCUAGUGCGGCGCCGGGCAGGACCGCCCCACCGCCGCCCUCGGACUCCGCCUCCGGAGCCGCGCGGGCCUGGUGCCGCCUCCUGCCGCCUCCGUGCCCGGGGAGUGGGCAUCC